UUUACCUCUUCGCUUGUAAAGAAGUUCAAAACUCAAAACUAACAAAAUGUUCAAAUUGUUUGCUGUCUGUUUCUUGGCUCUCUUCGCUGUUGCCUUCGGUGCUGCUAAACCCGGUCUGUUGGCUGCCCCAUUGGCUUACUCCGCUCCAUUAACUGCUGCCCCAGUUGCUGCUGCCUAUGCCGCUCCAGUCGCCGCUGCUUACUCCGCACCCCUCGCCUACACCGCAGGAUAUGCCGGCUACGUCGCACCAUACGCCAGCAGCUACUCAGCUCACUCGAUCGCUCACUCCGCCGCUUUCCCAGCUGCCUAUGCUGCUGCUCCAGUUGUCGCCGCCCCAGCACCAGUGCUCGCUGCUGCCCCAGCUGUCGCUGUAUUGCGCAAAUAAGCUUGAAUCUUCCAAAUUUUUUACACAUUUAAGUCUGUG